CGCAAAGGAAGGCAGAGAGAGAGAGACCGGGAGAGUUUUUCUUCCACAUCAGUGGAGGUUUUCUCCGCUGCAGAGCAGCAGAACUGAGGCUCAGGAAUCCGCUCAAAAUGGCUAAAAACCAGGAAGUGGAGCGCAUCGCCAAAAAGCUGGAUAAAAUGGUGAACAAGAAGAACACGGACGGUGCUAUCGACCUGCUGAGGGAACUGAAGAACACCAAGAUGUCUCUUGAGACGCUGCAGUCCACCAGAAUUGGGAUGUCGGUGAACGCAGUGAGGAAACAGAGCUCAGAUGAAGAGGUUCAGACUCUGGCCAAAGCUCUCAUCAAGUCCUGGAAGAAACUGCUUGAUGGAUCAGAGGGGAAGUCGGAGGAGAAGGAGAAGAAGAAGGAAGGUUCGCCUGUGAGGUCGUCGUCCACCUCCAAGGACUGUGGCAGCAGCGAGAAAAGCAACAAGAAGUCUGUGGAAACCCCUACCACUCCCACCACUCCAACGCUUCCUGCGCGGGUCACCUCCUUCCCGCCUGCCCCCGUCACCACCGACAACAUCCGGAACAAGUGUCGAGAGCUGCUGGUGGCCGCGCUGCAGACUGACGACGACCACAAGACCAUUGGAGUCGACUGCGAGCAUCUCGCAGCACAAAUCGAAGAACAGAUCUUCCAGGAGUUUAAGUCUACAGACAUGAAAUAUAAAACCCGCCUACGAAGCCGCAUCUCGAACCUGAAGGACCAGAAGAAUCCCGACCUGCGGCGCAACGUCCUGUGUGGAAACAUCUUGCCUCAGCGUAUCGCCUGCAUGACAGCUGAGGAGAUGGCGAGUGCGGAGCUGAAGCAGAUCAGAGAGGCUUUGACUAAAGAGUCCAUCAGAGAGCAUCAGCUGUCGAAGGUCGGGGGAAAUGAGACGGACAUGUUCAUCUGCAACAAGUGUCACGGAAAGAGCUGCACAUACACACAGGUGCAGACCCGCAGUGCAGAUGAGCCCAUGACAACCUUCGUGUUGUGUAACAGCUGCGGCAACCGAUGGAAGUUCUGUUGAAGAGGACGUGUGUGUGAAUUAUUCCAUCAUGAAGCAGACUGACUAAAAUGAACUGAAUCUGAAAAAAAUGAAUUUAUUAUUUUUUUUCUCAUUUUGUAUCAUUUCUUUUUAUAUAUCUAAAACUAAAAGAUGUAAUAUAUUUGGAGAAAAUUGUCAGUUCAUGUUGUCCAUUAGUUUCAUUUGUUUUGUAUAGAAUACUUGGAGUUUAUUUCUUAUGCUGAUGAAGCUUUAAGCCAGAUUUAAAUCACAUUUAGGCCUUGUGGAAACAGUGAAUGUGCCUUUUUUUGUGCUGCCACAUAUUUUGCGCUUAACAUUUCUAUUAAAGUUGCUUUUG